GACUUCACUGUUUAAGUCUUCAAUCUUGACCUACGAAGACUUCAACAGUCUCAUUUCGACUGUUCCGCUGUUCUUGGAAGACGCCGUGUUUACCAAUUAUAGAUAAUUGUCUAUAAAUGGUUCAGUCAGUGCCUAUUUUGUUUGCCCAUCCAAGAGUUGGGAGGACAUAAAGGAUUGAGAUAUUAUUAUGGGCUCAUUUUUGUAUCUCUCCAUUUCGAUGAGCUUGCUUAAUUUGCUCUUACUGCUUUUUCUUGUUUCUUCAGUACAGCCACUGUGCCACCCUGAUGAACGCUCAGCACUGUUGCAGUUCAAGGAAAGCUUUGUAAUCAAUAACUCUGCCUCAAGUACUCCUGAAGCCCAUGCGAAAACUGAAUCGUGGAAACUUGAGGGGGAAAGUGCUGACUGCUGCUCGUGGGAUGGGGUCGAGUGUGACAACAGCACUGGUCAUGUAAUCGGCCUCGACCUUAGAAGUAGUCAUCUCUAUGGUUCAAUCGAUUCUAGAAGCAGCCUCUUCCAUCUUGUUCACCUUCAGUGGCUUAAUCUCGCAGACAAUCUCUUCAAAAAUUCUAAAAUUCCUUCUGAGAUCAGGAACCUCUCAAGGCUGACAUCUCUGGACCUCUCUCACUCCAACUUCUCUGGUCAAAUACCGUCAGAGAUCUUCCAGCUGACAGAGUUAGAGCUCCUUGAUCUGUCAGGGAACUCAUUGAAGCUCCGGAAGCCAGGCAUGAGGUCUCUGCUUGAGAAUUUAACUAAUCUUCAAGAGCUUUAUCUUACUGAUGUCAGAAUUUCUUCUUCGGUACCUAAUAUCUUAGCAAAUUUUUCUUCAUUGAAAGCUUUAAUUUUAUCGAAUUGUGACUUGCGUGGUGAUUUUCCCCCUAGAAUUUUUGAGUUACCCAGUCUUCAGUUUCUCAGCCUGCAGUCCAAUCCGGAUCUGACUGGGUAUUUACCUGAUAUUCGGAGCAAUCACCCUCUUUUGGAAUUAAGCCUUGCAGACACAACGUUCUUUGGACAGCUGCCAGAAUCAUUUGGAAACUUCAAGUCUUUGGAACUUUUGGACAUUAACACCUGCCAUUUUUCAGGGAAGGUACCGUAUUCACUCGGUAACCUUACUGAACUCACUUAUCUUGAUCUGUCUUUUAACAGCUUUUCGGGACCUAUUCCUCCUUCAGUUGGAAAUCUGAACCAGCUGAUGACUUUGGAUUUCUCUUAUAACAAUUUCUCUGGGGAAAUCCCUUUUUCCUUGGCCAAUCUUACCCAACUAGUUUAUCUGUCUCUUCAAACCAACAAUUUCGACCGUGGAACCUGGUCUUGGCUUGGUACGCAAAUCAAUCUAACUUACUUGGACCUGACAAACACCAGUUUAUCCGGUGACAUCCCAUCUUCUCUCCAAAAUUUGACCCAACUUACCUGUUUAUAUCUCUGGGCCAAUAAAUUAGAUGGUCAGAUUCCACCUUGGAUAGGAAACCUUACCAAGCUAACUGAGAUCAAAUUCCAGGAAAAUAAUUUGAGUGGUCCUGUUCCAGAAUCAAUCUUCAAGCUUGAGAAUCUUGAACUUCUUUAUCUACACAUGAAUCGACUAAAUGGAAUUCUCAUGUUGGACUCAUUUCUUGAGCUUAAAAAUCUCACCAAACUCCAACUUUCAGGUAACAAUUUGUCACUGCUCAACAGUGUCAGCAUCAAUGCCACUAGUCCAAAGUUCGAGCUUUUAGGAUUGGCUUCAUGCAACUUAUCUGAGUUCCCACAUUUUCUGCGUAGUCAAGAUGAAUUGGUGUUUUUGGAGCUUUCUGACAACAGAUUUCAUGGCCAAAUACCGAAAUGGUUUUGGAGCGUGGGAAAAGAAACUCUUCUGCAGUUAAAUUUGGGCUUUAAUUUUCUGACAGGAUUUGAGGAGCUUCCCGUUGUUCUUCCAUGGACUCACUUAGAGGUUUUCAACCUUGAAUCGAACAAGAUCCAGGGAUCACUUCCGCAUCCACCACCUUCCAUCGUCUCUUAUUCAUUUUCAAAUAACUCACUGUCAGGAGAAAUCUCACCAAUGCUCUGCAAUCUUUCUUUCCUCAUGACCUUGGAUUUGUCUAUUAACAACUUGACUGGGAUGCUCCCGCGAUGUUUAUUCAGCCAAAGUGACUCUCUGAAAGUAGUCAGCCUUCGAAAUAAUCAAUUUACUGGUGCUAUUCCUUCAACAUAUAUGAAGAGCUGUGGGUUAAGGAUGAUGGAUUUGGGCCAAAAUCAAUUGCAAGGGAGAAUACCAAGAUCACUCGCCCAUUGUACCAAGUUAGAAGUUUUAAUUCUUGGAAACAAUCUGAUAAAUGAUACCUUUCCUUCUUGGUUGGGCACUCUUCCAGAGCUCAAGGUUCUCAUCUUGAGAGCAAAUGGAUUGCAUGGUGUGAUAGGGGAACCUCGAGCCAAAUCGGAAUUCUCCGAGUUGCAAGUAAUUGACCUCUCAGACAAUAGUUUAAGGGGUAAGUUGCCAUCUGAGUACUUCAAUAUUUGGGUUGCCAUGGAAGUUGCCAAUGCAAACAGCUUAUCCCCAUAUAUGAACGCCAAUACAAGCUUCGAAGAUGGAGAGUUAUCGUGGUAUGAUUAUUAUAAUUACGUACUUAUAUUGGCUAACAAAGGCAGGGACCUUAGUUAUGAGAAUGUUCCAGGUUCCAUCUCAGCUAUUGAUUUAUCCAGCAACCAGUUCCAAGGUGAAAUCCCUGAAGCCAUUAGUAAUUUGAAGCAAAUUCGUGUGCUUAACCUUUCAAAUAACAAUCUCACUGGUCAUAUUCCAUCAGCAUUGGGGGAAAUUUCGAACCUUGAAUCUUUGGACCUCUCUCGAAAUAAGCUCUCGGGAAAAAUCCCUCAGCAAUUGGCCAACCUUAACUUCCUUGAAAGCUUCAACGUCUCGUAUAAUAAUCUUGAAGGGAAUAUUCCUCGAGGAGCACAAUUCAAUACGUUUGACAAUGAUUCGUACGAAGGAAAUUCAAGAUUGUGUGGAUACCCUUUGUCAGAAAAAUGUGGAAAUCCUGAGGUCUUGCAGCCACCACCUCGUUUGGCCCCCAAAGAAGAUGAUGAAGGAAUUGUGAGGGUGUUCAAGUUUGAUUGGAAAAUAGUUAUGACAGGAUAUGGAGCUGGGCUAGUAAUUGGAAUGUCUCUUGGAUACAACUUCACCACAAGGAAACAUGAGUGGUUGAUGAAGGUCUUCAGAAAGUGGCAAGUCAGUAAUAAUUGGAAUGGCUCUAAUUGGCAAGAAUCCUUGAGGUCUGUUUGGAAAAAGGUUUCCUGGAAUUACUAGGUCCUAGUGUAAUAAAUAUGAUUGUGUGCGUAUGCUUAGAACCUGCUCUUUUUUUUUAGCUCUUUUUGGAUUAGAAAGUAGCAGUACACAGUAUAAAGCUUGAUUUAUGUAUAAUUAUGCCUUGAUACCAGAAAACGUCCGCAUCUUCUGGUCUUAUCUUAUUGCAGUUUGAAGAAAAAUGUUUCCUAUUGCUGAUUAAAGCUAGACCAAAAAUGUUUAAAUGUAUGGUGCUUGAUCUUUGAAGUUCAUGGAAUCCGGAUGUUAGGAAUAUCCGUUUUCUGAUGGUCUUUUGUACGGUGGGAGUUAAUUUCUGGAUACAGCUCUUGGUCAUUUGGUUUUUUCUGUUUUGCACUUCAACCAAUAGGUGGAUUUUAUUGAGCUUGACUCUAAAGUAGGUUCAUGUUUAAUGGAUCUACUGUUUAUAGGUUCUCUUUCCGAGAUGUUUUUAGAAUGAUUCAUAGCUUUUGUAUUGGCAUAGUCAGGAUCCUUUGCUGCCAAUGGCUUAUUGUGCAGUGAAACUUUUGUAAUUGUACAGUGAUUUUGCUCAUAGCAAGUUUUCUAUGCCAUUAAA